AUGCAGGAUUUCGUUUUCUUCCCGGUGAAACCUGUGAAGGUUUCAGUUCCUUCCGCCCAACGAGGAGAACUCCCAGUUCUCCUCCCCGUGAUCAUCUGUUUGCUUUUCAUGGUAUUCCUGAGGACGUGCCGCCGACGCAGGGCUGCUCAGGGGAAUGGAAGAGCGCGGGGCACGCUGCUGACGUCGUUGCGUGUUUCGAGGCGUGAAGCGCAAGAUGGACAGAAGGUCGCCACAGCCGUGUUGAAGCCCAUCGAGCGGGCCAUGCAGCCCUGGAUCGAUGGCCCAAGGAGCGUGGAGUACGAUCUCAACAUAUUCACGGUGGGUGGCAGAGUGACCGAUGUUUGCGGAACGAAAGCGACAAUCGUCGGCGUGGACGAAGACGGAGACCUUCCUGUCUUCACCGACGAUGGGAAGACGAUGAUUUUCUAUGCAAAGAAUUGCCGGAAGGCAAUCAGUGUUGGAGACCGGGUCUUCAACACCAGGAGAGAAGAAGUGGCCGAAGUCAUUGGCUUCGACCACAUGGAUGACCCCGUGGUGGUGAAGCCUAACCAACUCCGAAGCGCUUGGCCCCGAUGUGUGAUCGAACGUCUCACAUCCAUUGGUGACCGAGUGCACUUAUGCGAGACCAUGGGAACUGUGGAGGGCUUUGAUGAAGAUGGUGACUUCAAAGUGAAAAUGUCAAAUGGGCAGCCCGUCGUGUGGUAUGCGCACAAAUGCAAGCAAGGCAUCGGUUGUUUGCCGAAGAAAAGCUUGGCAGAUGAGCUUCUAGAAGAGCUUGGCAUGAAGGAGCUGAAGAAUGGUGAGUACCUGGGCCAUCAGGUAGAUUUUCGCAGCUCAAAAAUUGGGGCAGCGGAUGGUACCAAUGUUAGUGUGCCCGUUUCACCCUUUCUCGCUGAGUUUCUCAGCGACUUGGUUGAGUCCCAGUUCCCACAGAGUGACGGCAAAGUCCUACACAGAUCUGCGCAGAAUGGAACUGGAGCGCGGAAAGAAAUGUGCAGUGGAGAACUGAUCCCAGUUCUCCUCCCCGUGAUCAUCUGUUUGCUUUUCAUGGUAUUCCUGAGGACGUGCCGCCGACGCCGGGCUGCUCAGGGGAAUGGAAGAGCGCGGGGCACGCUGCUGACGUCGUUGCGUGUUUCGAAGCGUGAAGCGCAAGAUGGAAAGAAGGUCUGGAUGACAAAAAAAUCCUUGGUGCUGAAUCCUGAAGCUUGGCAAUGCACACCUGAGUCCUAGACGGGUAAUAAAAAGAACAUCCUAGGUCUGUGCUGCACUCCUUUUGCUGCCAGCCUGGCCUUCAACUUCCAACUCAUGGCCACAGACAGGAAAAACAUGGGAAACCAAUGGAAACCAAUGAAUUACUUGAGCAGCUUUCAAACAGUAGUAGACCACGUGGAAUCUGCUCAUUCUAAGAAGAUUUGUGAGACCCAAAGCAUCUACGAUGAGACAUUUUUGGCAAUAUAUUUGGGCAACCCGGAAAGAACGCAGUUGAUUGAAAGGUGCUGAAAAU